ACCUGCUGCUCUCACUGCUCAAAUAUUAACAACGGGGUUUGUGGGAACCGAUGCCGCUGCUCUGGGACAAUCCCAAAGUGUGGAGGCAGCCGGUGGUUUGUGGACACAGUCUGCUGCUGCUGGAGGCACCGCUGCAUCUGAGAGCCUAAUGGAGGAGGAGGUCACAGAGCCCGAUGCUCAGAUGGUGGAGCUCACCGGCAUGCCUCCAGGAAGCCCCUCGGAGGUAAACGGAGACUUACCGGGCAACCCGUACCUGAGGGACGGGGCGGUGGACGUGAUGGAGAGUCCGGUGAGGGAGCCUGUUGUGCUGCAGUAUCCUGCUGAGUACAGCCAGCAGUAUGGGGAGAAGAUGCCGUUCCACCAUGUGACGGCAGGCCUUCUUUACAAGGGAAACUACCUGAGCCGCUCGCUGUCCGACAGCGACAGCGAUGUCCUGGCCAGCAUCUCCGUCGAGGAGCUGGACGAGAUCCGGGAGGCGUUCAAGGUGUUGGAUCGUGACGGAAACGGCUUCAUUUCCAAACAGGAGCUGGGCAUGGCCAUGCGCUCUCUGGGAUACAUGCCCAGCGAGGUGGAGCUGGCCAUCAUCAUGCAGAGACUCGACAUGGAUGGUGAUGGACAGGUAGAUUUCGAGGAGUUUAUGACGAUCCUUGGACCCAAACUCCUGUCGUCUGAAACGAGGGAGGGCUUCCUGGGCAGCACAAUAGAUAGCAUCUUCUGGCAGUUUGACAUGCAGAGGAUCACCCUGGAGGAGUUGAAACACAUCCUGUUCUACGCCUUCCGCGACCAUCUGACCAUGAAGGACAUCGAGAACAUCAUCAUCAACGAGGAAGAGAGCCUGAAGGAAAACUCUGGCAACUGUCAGACAGAGUUUGAGGGAGUUCACCCUUCAAAGAAGAACCGCCAGACGUGCGUGAGGAAGAGCCUCAUCUGCGCCUUCGCCAUGGCGUUCAUCAUCAGUGUCAUGCUCAUCGCAGCCAACCAGAUGCUGAGGAAUGGCAUGGAGUAGCUGCGCCCACUGUGAGCAGGGAGGCCAACAGCCUGCAUGUGCAUGCAAGGCGGUGAGGCCAUAUCCCUGCUGAUAGUAAAAUAACUACCAUUAAGAACAAUAAUCAUCGAGAAGAUACAUUUUUGAAUUUAUUCUUUGUUUUCUUUUAACAAGUGGCACCUCUCCACCUGAAGCCAGCAUGAGGAGUCAUGGAGGCUCCUCCCCCUUUACUCUGACAGGGACACUCAAGGGCUGACAUUACACAUAAUACUCUGUCGUGUAUGUUUCCUUGAUGCAAUAAAAAAAAGAAACAAAAAAAAAGAACCUUGAGUGCAGGAGUUCAGAGCUGCAUUGGUUUACAGCGACUGCAGAUCGGUCACCCAGCAGGGGUCUGAUGAGCCACCAGGACUGCAGGCUGGGCCCUGAAAUGGAACCGCAGAAAGGGAACAAUAGAUCUUUUAUUAUGCUUCCUGGAAGUAUAAUGAUAGACCUCGCCGCCACUCAAGCAGAAGGAGCCAUACGUCACCGCUCCUGCAGCUCAUGGUGCUUUAGCUCUCCUACCUUCUAUUUUCAUCCCCUGCAUCUGUGGCUGGUAUAAAGUGCUGGCAUCAGAUCAUCAACCCUAACACCGAGAAGUCAAGCGUGCAGUCAAAAGGAUGAAUGGUUGCUCCUGGCUUGUGCUUUAGCCUUGUGAUAUUCAUUUUAGAACAAAGUAGCUCAGAAAUGUGGUUUUAGAUAUCCUCUUUCACUGUUGGUUGAACACUGUUAAGGUGCAAAGCAAAGUGGUCUUUGUCCUGUUGAAACAAAAAAGUCCACCCUUUCAUAUGUAUAUAUAUAUAUAUACAUAUAUUGAAUGUA